ACUGUCAGUUGGUAGUCAGCUGGCGGCGGCAUAUCAAAACAGUGCUCACCGUCGUGUCGUGAAAACUUUGCAAUAUCAUGGCCUCGCGGAUUAUCCAAUCGUUGUCCGGUGAUAACCUUCUCCGAAAUUCGCUAACCCUUCAGUGCUUUGUCCGACAUGGCCAUCGUUUGCGGGGUAAACCACCGGGAGUAGCCCGGACGUUGGAACAACGUCUCGCCGAGGAACGUGCCGUUGAUCCCGAGCUGGCCAGGAGGGUUAACAUAGGCUUUCCAUUUUUAAAACCUGCCCGAUCCGAACAAUUGAAGGAACGAUUAGCACAUUUAAAGACACAACGGGCCAAUCCGGAGCUAGAGAAGGCAUCCCGCGCUAAGACGCUCAGCAUCGAUCCGGAGCUUGUGAAACAAGAUUGGCUAAAAACAAGUGGCCCGUUCCACAUCCAACGAUUGGCCGAACACUACGGUGUGUUUGAGCAUCUUUAUGGGGCGGCUUACUUCGUACCACGAGUGCAGUUGCAGAUCGCUUUCAAUAAUGGAGACGUCGCCAGUCCCGUGUAUUAUGGGAAUGUGUUGAAACCGAGUGAGGCGUCCACAGAACCUUCUGUUCGGUUCGAUGCUAACUUCAACUACAAGGGUGCAGCCAGUGAGACGGGCGCAACGUGGUGGAGCUUGGUGUUGACCAAUCCGGAUGGGCAUUUCAGCGAACACGACAAGGAGUAUUGCCAUUGGUUUAUAGCAAACAUUCCAAAUGGCCAGAUGGAGAAAGGCGAGAGGAUCAUUCCAUUCAUGCAACCGAUACCACCCAAAGGAACCGGGUUCCACAGACACGUUUUCGUGCUCUACAAGCAGCAAAAGAAGCUUGAUUUUAGCGAUUACAAAGUUGAUGGUGAAUUGGAUCUGUCGGCGAGAACAUUCAAAACUUUGGACUUCUACCGGAAAUAUCAGGACGAUAUUACCCCUGCAGGGCUGGCAUUUUUCCAGUCCGAUUGGGACAAAACUUUAGUCGACUUCUACCACAAUUCACUGAAAAUGAAACAUCCCGUCUACGAGUACGACUUCCCUGCACCGUAUAUCCGCGACCAAGAAUGGUUCCCGCUUCGAAAGCCCUUCAAUCUCUACAUGGAUAAGUACCGCGACCCAAAGCAAAUCAACAAAGAAUACCUCGCCCGAAAGCUAGCGAAAACGCAUCCCUUCGAGGGUCCAGAGGCACCGCUGCGUUUCCCGAACGCCCAUCCGGUGCGGGACGUGCCUUCCUGGCUGCGAACGGAAAUCAAAAAAGAUCGACGCGGCUGGGGUAGGAUCAACGAUAUGUGAACUAGUCGGUAAGUCGUGUUGCUCGCAAUGAAAUGAUCUUGAGUAAAAUGUCCAACUGAA